UCCCCCUUGGCUCCCUCGGAGCCGGAGCGCCCUGCGCCCUGGCACUGCGUCCCCGUCCCAGCCCGGCGUGCCGAGGUCCUCCCACGGUGAGGACUUGAGUGGAUAGCAGGAGGGGGUGGAGGAGGCAGGCAAGGAGGAAGGGAGCAGACAUCGUGCCCCGCAGGCUUUCUGGAUGCUGAAGCCGGACUCACUGCAGAGGCAGCUGUGCUGUUCCCGGAGCUUGUGGGGUACAUCCGCUCGCAGGGGUUGCCUAGGGGGGCUCCUAGUUCCAGGGCCACGCAAGGUGGGUGCUUUCCCUUCUGGGCGCUGACCGCAGAGCCCACCUUCCCUCCGCCACCAUGAGCGGCUGCUCCAAAAGAUGCAAGCUUGGGUUCGUGAAAUUUGCCCAGACCAUCUUUAAGCUCAUCACCGGAACCCUCAGCAAAGAUAAGAUUGAAGAUGAGUUGGAGAUGACCAUGGUUUGCCAUCGGCCAGAGGGACUGGAGCAGCUUGAGGCCCAGACCAACUUUACCAAGAGGGAGCUGCAAGUCCUUUAUCGAGGCUUCAAAAAUGAGUGCCCCAGUGGUGUGGUCAAUGAAGAAACAUUCAAACAAAUCUACGCUCAGUUUUUCCCCCAUGGAGAUGCCAGCAUGUAUGCCCAUUACCUCUUCCACGCCUUCGACACCACCCAGACAGGCUCCGUGAAGUUCGAGGACUUUGUAACUGCUCUGUCAAUUUUACUGAGAGGAACCGUCCAUGAGAAGCUAAGGUGGACAUUUAAUUUGUAUGACAUCAAUAAAGAUGGAUACAUAAACAAAGAGGAAAUGAUGGACAUUGUCAAAGCCAUCUAUGACAUGAUGGGGAAAUACACAUACCCUGUGCUCAAAGAAGACACUCCAAGGCAGCAUGUAGAUGUCUUCUUCCAGAAAAUGGAUAAAAAUAAAGAUGGCAUCGUGACUUUAGACGAAUUUCUUGAAUCCUGCCAAGAGGAUGACAACAUCAUGAGGUCCCUCCAACUAUUCCAAAAUGUCAUGUAAUUGUGGACAUAGCCAUCUGGCUCUCAGAGACGUUGUACUGAACAACCACCUCUUAACACAUUGAUCUGCCCUUGUUCUGAUUCUACACACCAACUCUUGGGACAGAAACACCUUUUACAAAUUGGAAGAAUUCUCCACUGGAGACUUUCUAUGGAACCCAGCAUCGCGUGGCUCAGUCUCUGAUUGCCAACCCUUCCUUCUCCAUCUUCUUCAGAGAGAGAAGAUUAAAUUGGGUUUGUUUUGGAAGCAUGCUCAUCUCUUCAUGCUGCUGCCCCAUGGAAGGUCCCUCUGCUUGAGCUUAAACAGUAGUGCACACUUUUCUGCUUGCGUGCCCCAGCCCACCACCUCCAAGUCCAGCAGACCUUGAUGUAUCUGGAAGCAAGAUGACCUGAGCCAAAUGCACACCAUCCUCUGAUGGCCUCCCAAACCAAUGUGCCUGUUUCCCUUAUUUUGAUGGGAAGAAUGUGCAUUACACAGAACAAUACAAAUCAGUAUAUGACUAGAUUGGGAGAGCCAGCACCUAACAUAUGUAGGAUAAAACUGAAUUCUUAAGCAUGGCCUUGUCUGGUGACCCAAACUGCCCACAUCUUUUGUUUCCAGAGGCAAGAACCAAUAAUUCUUUUUCACACUGACAUCUGUGCUGGUAAUGCAAGUCCCUUAAUGUGCCCAGGAAGAAAGCCAAUGCCCAGUGGUCCAUGCCCUCAGUCCAUCUCCUGCUAGAGUCCAGCACUGCAUGCCCCUCCCAGAAAGCCCAGAAUGCCUGCAAAUUGCUGUAAUUUUAUACCAUGUUCUAAUCAAUAAACAGAACUAUUUCUUAUACUGUUAA